AUGUCGCUGUUAUCAGCUACAUGCAGAAUUUUAAGUUCGUACAUAGACAAAAUUGUGAGCGAACAUCAGUGUGGGUUUCAGCAUAACAGAUCAAGUACUGAUAAGAUUUGUUUCCAUUUGUCAGUAAUUGUAAGAAAUCCUGAGUUUAUUACAGCGUGUGCUUUUUGGCAGGAGGUGAGAUCUGAUGCAUGGUCUGGUGAUGAGGACCAGCAGUCCAGGUCUGGGUGUCCAUCAAGAUCCGGUGCCAAAUCACGUUCUGUGUCCAGGUCAAGGUCACGAUCUCCGUCACGGUCACACUCUCAUUCACCAUCACAAUCCAGAUCAAGGUCCAGGUCUGUGUCACGUUCUAGAUCCCGGUCUAGAUCCAGAUCACGAUCGCAUUCUGAAGAGGAUGAUGAACGUAGAUCUGAUGAUCAGCGAGAUGAUGAAGCAGAAGAAGUAAGGCCUGGUGAAGAGGAGGAUGAAGAAAUUGGAAGAUGA